AUGUCGAUGAAAUCAAAGAAGCAGGCAUACGACGACAAUGGAAAACUGUCUGCGUUGAUCCAAUCACCUACGAUCCAAAGUUCCAGUCAACGCACCCUCCUCGCGCUUACAGCGACAUUUCGGAAUCAGAAGACUCUGGGACUCUGUUUACGAGAUAUCACGCAAGCUUAUAUCCAAUCUCAGAGCCAGCUAAUUCGACGAUUUUACAUUGUACCAUCAUCUGAGAUGGAUCUUACGCCUGGCACUGUUCUUUGUGUGUGCAGACCGACCACCUUACGGCAUCCCCGAAGUCGGCAACCACUGGUUUCACACCUACCAUGGUCAUCACACCAAGAGACUCAACAUGACCCCUGUAUUCUAUAUACAAACAAGCCCAGCACAGGAUUCAGCAUUGUAGGACUACAAACCGAUGACACGUUGUUUGCCGGAAACAGCACAUUCGCCGCAAUGGAACAUGACAAACUCAGCGAAGCAACUUUCGCAGCUAAGCCACGGAAGGAACUAACACUCACCACACCUCUCAAACUCAAUAGAGCCAAAUUCCUUCAACACGUCACCACCCAAUGCGAAGAUAUGCCUGGCACGAGAGGAAAAGUCCGCAAGGGAGCUUCCCCAAAAGACCAAUAUAUCGCACAACGAGCCCGAGAUGCCUAUAUUGCCACAGUCUGUCAACCAGAAGCAUCCUUAGAUCUCUCAUUUGCAUCCCAAGUUGUUGGUGUUGGUGCCGCUGCAGAUGAACUACGUGUUCCGUGCCAAGAGUGUUCAAAUUGUUUGUUGAUUGGGCUUACAAUGGUAUACUCCACUCAUCCAGAUACCGCUCAAAAGCCUCGAACAAAGAUAUAUGCAUUGGGUGAAAGAUUGGAAGUCUACGAUCUGAUGAAUCGUGUUAUUGAUGUCAUUCAGAACAACUACCUUGAAUACGGUACUAUUUUUGGGCCAGAUCUUGCUACCCAAAUCUGGAAAGAGACGAAAACAGUUUCUACAUUGCGCGAGUUCUGUAUUGCAACAAAAGUCAUGCAUCUUGACGGGUCAGGCACACAAGGGUUACAAAUCAUGCGUGAUGCCGUUUAUUGA